AUGUACCCCGAGUUUGAGGAAACAUCAACAAGUGGUUCAAUUGACUUGGCGUCCACAUGCCAACUAAUUUUAUUCCUCUCUGCUACAGUCAUUGAACAAAUUGGACUCACAGCCCUGGACCCUGAGUUGAUUGAGACGAUAAAAAAAUACUACAGGAUCUUGACUCGCGGUCAGAACACACCGAACGGUGCUGGGAAUCGCAAGAGAGUCGCUCAGAACUCACCCUCACGCGAUCAUCAACAGCACGACUGCCCAGAAGCGACAGCGAUAGGGAAUGGAGGCGCUUGCAAGUUACCAAAGACCACGGACGUCACCCUCCUCCCCAGAGAUAAUUCCACUCCAAUAUUAGACCAGUUGGCAGCUAACACAGAUGCCAAUUCUGCUACUGCAGCGUCAGUAAACGGCAUGAAUGUUGUCGAAUCAUUACCGAAACCCCGCACGCCAGUUGGUCAAGUCGCACACGCUUGGUUCCUAAGUCAACCUGAUACCCACAAGCAACAACUCACCGCGUCGAUUAAAAACUCCACCGCAGUUCUCAUUUCCUGCGAACAAACUGUCUCUGUUUUUUGCGAGGUGGACACUGCUCUUGACCCGGAAGAUGGUACUAUUGACAUGGAUGUAGACGGGUGUAGCCCGACUACGUUGUUUGUGGCGAAUUCAACAAGUGCCACCGUAAACCACCAACACCUCCACCCAACUCUCCUCCACUAA